UCACAUGAAAAUUUGUAAGAUUUUAGAGCAGAUCGGUGUCCGUGAUUUUCUCAAUUUAAGCCCAAUUUGUAGUAUUAAAGCUGUUGAAAAAUGCAGCGGGGACGAGCGCGAACCGUGUGAAAUGCAUGCGAAAGUCGUCGGUGCAGCAAAUCAGUGCGAAAAACAUCCCAAAUGCUCCAAGUGAAAAUCACCUAAGCUGAGGAAAACUCCAAGCCACACUCACACACACACGCACUCGCUCGCACGCAGAAAAGAGACAAGUGAAAAAGGAAAAGCGGUGUGUUGUGGUCAAACAUAGAGUGCGAAAAGUGCAAAAAGUGCGGAAAGUGAAGUGGCGGGCGUCGGAGAGCCGGAGUCCGUCGCAGGAAAAUCCGUCAGCAUGGAUGUCGAAACACAGGAAAUACGACAGGCUCGUCAACGUGCUUCCGUCAAAUGGCUGCUCUCAAAGGCGUUCAACAAUCGCGUGCCAGACAACCUGAAGGAGCCCUUCUACCGCGACCAUGAGAACCAGGAGCGCCUCAAGCCGCAGAUCAUCGUGGAGCUGGGCAAUGCCACGCUCUACUGCCAGACGCUGGCCAAUCUGUACUCAGAUCCCAACUACCAAAGCAUGAACCACUGGUCAAUAAUACAGACGCUAGCGCGCAAGGGAGUUCCCGUGGCCGAAUCCGCGGACAUGCCCAUUACCGAAACGGUAUUAAUUCAAACAAAUCCGCUGCGAAUUAACGCCCACAUGUCUGUGAUAGAAUCGCUGAUGGUUUUGUAUGCGAAGGAAAUAUCAUCGGGUGACCGCGUCAUGGCGGCCAUACGAAGAAUAUCUGGCAACAACUAUCAGGCACCCACUGGCCAGUCCUACGAGCAAGCUCUGCUGGGCUGGAUUUCACAUGCUUGCGCCGCUCUGAAAAAGCGCAUUAUCAAGGAGGUGGACGCUGGGCUGCCCGACGAUAAUGGUUCACGUCUGCAGACGCCGGAUAUACCACCUGUAAGGGACUUCCAGGAUCUGUGCGAUGGCAUCUGUUUGGCGCUGCUCAUCUCCUACUACUGCCCAAAGGUGGUGCCGUGGACGAGUGUGCGGAUUAACUAUUUGCCCGCCGUCGAGGACUCUAUUCACAACAUCCUGCUGGUCUGCAAUUUCUCGCAGAAGCAUCUGCCCUACACCGUGAUGCAUAUGACGCCCGAGGAUGUGACCUACAUGCGCGGAUCCAUGAAACUGAAUCUGGUAGUGCUGCUGACGGAUCUGUUCAAUCUGUUCGAAAUACACCCGGCCAAAUGUGUCUGCUAUCCCGGCAUGGAUGGUCAGGUUCCGCACUCGAAUUCAUUUGGCGGCGGCUUAAAUCGCAGAUCAACCCCGCCCAACGAAUACCAGACGGUUCAGUCAAAUAAUUUUGACGGUAAUCAUGCCGAAGCCUUCGUGGUGCACAAGUCGCGUGGCAUCACCACACUCGCCUCCAUGCACUCGCAGCAGCAGCAGCAGCUCCAUCAGCAGCAACAGCAUCAGCAGCAAUACCAUCAGCAGCCACUGCAGCAGCACCCGUCCCAGUCGCAGCUUCAAAUCCAACAGCAGGAGCCCUUGGUUCCAGCUCGCUUGCGCCAGGCUAAAGAAAAGACCAAUGUUGAGUCGAAGGCGGACGAGAGAGGUCGUCGCUCGCGCAGAAACUCCUCCAGCGAGGACUCCCAGCUGACCAUUGAGAACUUUGGUGGCUCGCAGGAUCAGCUGAAUACGCUGGGACGAUACGAACGCGACAGGGAACGCAAAUUGUCCAACACCAGUGUGGGCAGUUAUCCAGUUGAACCCGCUGUGGCCGUUCGCUCUUCAAUUGCCGAUGCUAGGGGCACGUUGCAGUUGGGCUACGAUACGGACUCCGGCUCUGAGAAGCAGGAUCGCGAAACGGAAAAGUAUUCGAUGCGCCGGCAAGUCAGUGUUGACAAUGUGCCCACGGUGUCGUCGCACAAUCUUUCGAAUGCGGGCAGCCCGUUGCCGGUGGCUAGGCACAAGCAACAUUCCAGCGACAAAGACUACAGCAGCAACAGCGGCAUGACACCAGAUGCAUACAACGAUUCCCGCUCCACCAGUGGCUAUGAUCCGGAGAGCACGCCCGUUCGCAAGUCCUCGACUAGCAGCAUGCCAGCAAGUCCCGCUGCCUGGCAGUUAGAUGUGGGAGACGACGAUAUGCGCUCGCUGGAAAACGCCAGCAAGUUGUCCACAAUUCGAAUGAAACUGGAGGAGAAGCGGCGGCGCAUUGAGCAGGACAAGCGCAAGAUCGAGAUGGCCUUGCUGCGGCACCAGGAGAAGGAGGAUUUGGAAUCGUGUCCGGACGUGAUGAAGUGGGAGACCAUGAGCAACGAAUCAAAGAGAACACCUGAUAUGGAUCCCGUGGAUUUGGACAAGUACCAGCAAAGUAUCGCCAUUAUGAACAUGAAUCUGCAGGAUAUCCAGCAGGAUAUCCACCGCCUGGCCACCCAGCAAAGCCAAAUGCAGGCGCAGCACCUCCAAGCCCAACAACUCAUGCAGGCUCAGCAAAUAGCCAACAUGCUGAACCAGCAGCAGACCUAUGGGUCGCAGCAGCACCUGGCUGAUCACCAUUACCAGCAGCAGAGACCCAUGCAGCAAAGCUUUGGUUCAUCGCCCCAUCUUCCGCAGGCCUACAACGCCCCAGUCAGCGCAUACAGCUCCCGUCCGCCCAGUCGCGAUCCCUACCAGCAGCAGCUCCACCAUCAGCAGCAGCAGCCCAUGCCCAUGCCGCAACCGAUGCAGUACGUCAACGAGCAUGGGCAGUAUAUGUCGCCGCCGCAGCCCGCACACUACAUGCCGCAGCAGGCACAACAGCCGCAGAGCAUUUACAGCGACAACGGGGCGGCGUACAAUCACAGUAACCACUCGCCAUAUGGCGGAACUCCACAGUAUCGGAGCAGCGUGGUGUACGACGAUUACGGGCAGCCCACCAACCACUUCUACCUGCAUGAGUCAUCGCCGCAGCCUCAAGCUCAUCAGCAUCCGCAGCGCAGGACUUGGGCUCACUCCGCAGCAGCCGCCGCUUAUGAACAACAGCAACAGAUCCAGCCUUCCCUGGUGGAUGUGAAUGCCUGGCAGACGCAGCAGCACCAAAAGCAGAAGCAGACCUGGAUGAACAGGCCGCCCUCGAGUGCGGGAGCCCCGAGUCCUGGCAGCUUUAUGCUGCACCAGAACGGUGGAGGAGGAGGUGGUGGCGGUGGUGGUGGCGAGCUACAGCACCUGUUUCAGGUACAGGCCUCGCCACAGCAUGGCCAACGGCAGGUUAGUGGAUCCAAUGGCGUGCAGCGCCAGCAGUCGUUGACCAACUUGCGAGACAAUCGCUCGCCCAAGGCACCACAAAACAUGGGAAUGCCCAUGGGUAUGCCAAUGCAGCAAGAGGACAUGAUGGCACCGCAGAGUAUUUGCUUUAUCGGUGACGAGGAGGAUGUUGAUGAGCUGGAGCGGAACAUCAUCGAAUCUAUGCAGUCGACGCACAUCUCCGACUUUGUACACCAACAGCAGCAGCAGCACCAACACCAACAGCAACUUCAGCAGCAACAACGGUUGCAGGGGCACAGCGGACGAGGUAGCAGCUCGGAGGAUUAUGACAGCGGGGAGAUGAUCUCCAACAAGCUGAACAUCACCAGCGGCAAUCUCACCUAUCGCAUACCCUCGCCAUCCCGUCCCUCCAUCCAAGCCAACAGCUUCCAGGAUCCCCGAGCCAUGGCAGCUGCUUCCGGUGGCGAGGACCAGCCGCCCGAGAAGGGUUUCUACAUCUCCUUCGACGAUGAGCAGCCCAAACGACCCAAGCCACCUCUGCGCGCCAAGCGAUCGCCUAAAAAGGAGUCUCCACCAGGAAGUCGGGACAGCGUCGAUAACCAGGCGACCCUGAAACGUGAAUCGCUAAGUCAUCUGCACAACAACAACAAUAUUGGAUUCGGAAAUGAUGAUGUCAACAGCAAACCGGUGACCAGGCACAGUAUCCAUGGCCUAAACAACUCCAACAGUGUCAAAUCUCCCGGAAAUGCCACGUACAACAAGUACACGGAUGAGCCGCCCAUCCAACUGCGACAGUUGGCCGUUUCGGGAGCAAUGUCACCAACUAGUAACGAACGUCAUCACUUGGACGAUGUCAGCAAUCAGUCACCGCAGCAGACGCAGCAACCAAUGUCGCCCACGCGACUCCAACAGAGCAGCAACAACGCAGAGGCGGCCAAGAACAAGGCGCUGGUCAUCGGAGCAGAUUCCACCAAUUUGGAUCCGGAAUCUGUUGAUGAGAUGGAGCGGCGCAAGGAGAAAAUCAUGCUGCUGUCUUUGCAACGUCGCCAGCAACAGGAGGAGGCGAAGGCGCGCAAAGAGAUUGAGGCUUCCCAGAAGCGAGAAAAGGAGCGCGAAAAGGAGGAGGAACGAGCGCGGAAAAAGGAGGAGCAAAUGGCACGGCGAGCGGCCAUUUUGGAGCAGCACAGACUCAAGAAAGCCAUUGAAGAGGCCGAGCGAGAGGGUAAAACCCUGGAUCGGCCCGAUCUGCACGUGAAGCUGCAAUCGCAUUCAUCCACCUCAACGACCCCACGACUGAGGCAGCAGCGCACCACGCGUCCCAGGCCUAAGACAAUUCACGUGGACGAUGCCAGCGUGGACAUCAGCGAGGCUUCAAGCAUCUCUAGUCGGGGCAAAAAAGGCUCAAGCUCGAAUCUAACCGGCUACGGUCAACUAAGCUCAAAUUCAAUGAAAAGAGAUUACUACAGGGGCUCCCAAGACUCCCUCACUGUAAAAGAGUCACCCGAUGAUUAUCCCAGUACAAGUUCAACUCCGAUUGGACGACGGGGAUCGUACAAAACUUCCAGAGAGCCAGCCGGCGUAGAAAGGGGCCGCACUCUGUCGCGUAUCUCCGUCGCUAAGGGCAGCACGCUUAAUUUCCGGGGCCGAAAGUCCAAUUCGCUAAUGAAUCUGUGCGGUCCUAAACUCUAUAAACAACCAGCGGCCAAAUCGAAUCGUGGAAUCAUCCUGAAUGCCGUUGAAUACUGUGUUUUUCCCGGCGUUGUUAACCGCGAGGCCAAACAGAAAGUGCUGGAGAAGAUUGCGCGCUCGGAGGCGAAGCACUUCCUGGUACUCUUCCGCGAUGCUGGCUGCCAGUUCCGCGCCCUCUACAGCUACCAGCCCGAAACGGACCAGGUAACCAAGCUGUAUGGUACUGGGCCUAGUCAAGUCGAAGAAGUCAUGUUCGACAAGUUUUUCAAAUACAACUCAGGAGGCAAGUGCUUCUCGCAAGUGCAUACAAAGCAUCUGACAGUGACCAUCGACGCCUUCACAAUACACAACUCCCUGUGGCAGGGCAAGCGGGUACAGUUGCCCAGCAAAAAAGACAUGGCGCUUGUAAUCUAAGCGGUGGGCUGAGUAUUCUGAGUGGCAUCUCGAUUCGGAUGCAGAAGGGUGGCGGCAGUGGAGCGGUUUGGCCAACGGGCGCUUGGCGCGGUUUUGGUCGCAACCACACUAUUCUACAAGAUUGCGCAUUAAGACAUCUAUGGAAGCAUAACAAAACAUAUACCGAAUGUUUUUCUAUAGGUCGCGGGGUUUUGGUGUUCAUCGGGGCAUAUACGGCUAAAUACUAUUUGCACAUGUUUCAAGAACAACAAAUCGGAAUUUACGAAAAAUAUUGUAGUGAUUAAUACAAUGCGAUUGAAUAUUUAUUUUGAAUAUAAAUGCAUAUAUCCAGCCUAAGAAUUUAUUGUUCACGCAAGCCUGAAGCAGUAGGAGAAGCAUUCAAUUGUAAACGAAGAACAGAUAGAGCAGGUAGAUUGCACUCGACAGCCAAAAGAAUGUAAUGGAAUUUUGAAUGAAUGUAUUUUUUGUUUGCAAACAGUAAGCUCCGCUGUACGAUGAUGAGGAACAAAUGUAGAAAAUCCUUUUUAUUAAUUUGUUUUAUAUUGUUAUGAAGUUAUUCAUGUAAAACUUUUUCUUGGCCUUGGGCAGGCGGAAAUGAAAUCGUGUAUGGGCCGCAGCCAAAGUCGAAACUAAUUUUAAUGCCACUAGCUAUUUAUUUUAACACUAAUUAAUAUUUACUUUUUAUGCGUAUUUAAAAAGGAAUAAUAAUACAACUAAUACUUAAACUUAUGUAUAUCUAUACAAACAGAAAAAGACUUUUGACUGCUGAAAGGGAAAUCCACUGUUCUUUUAGAUUUCUUUUUGCAAAGUCAGAUGCACGACGAGCAGUCCGACUCUAAAAUCUCUACAAAUUGUAUUGCACUUCUAACCACACUAGAACCAUUUCGAAUGCAUUUGCUUCUUAUGCCUGAGCCUGGCUUGAAUCGACUCGUCUAACUGCCAUCGAUCUUACUUUUAACUUUGUUCAUUAGUCACUUUUUAGACCGCUCAACUGUUCGAUGCACCUGCCUGCACCUUAGUCCCUAACCACAACCACACUCAUCUCGUUUUAUAAAUAAAGCGACCGAUCAAUCCCACGCUGGUAUCUUAUAAUUUAUUGUGUACAUCCGCUGGCUCUCACUUGUUUCCAAAACUGAUAUUACUUUAACAUCCGCAAGGUAUUUCAACACGAUUGACUUUAGAUAGCGAAGUGAGGGUAAAAACUAAUAGAGCAUAAUCCAACUGAACCGCCAUUAUAAAAUGAUUCCGAGCAGAUCGGUAAUUCGGGGGAUCAGGAUAAAAUAAAUAUGUAUAUGUAUGUGCGUGUCGGCGCAGUUGUGCCCUUGGCGCAAUUCGCUCCGGAAUAAUGAAUAUUAAUGAGAUCUAAACAUUAUUAUAUAAAAUGUAAUAAAGUUAUUGAACAUGAUUAUUU